ACCUUCAGGAAGACCAGAGCAUUCAGUCAGGUCUAAGGAGGAUUAUGUCAUCAGACAGAGGAAUGAUGUUUUUUUUCUUUCUUUCUUGAAAGUGCUUCCUUAUGGGAGUGAUUGACAGCAUGGAAUGGAAAGCAGACUAUAUAAAUGGCUUUGAGCCUUUCUUCCUCAUGCAUUCUAGACAAGGCUCCCCUUAAGUAAAACUUACCCAUUCUGGAGAAUAUAAGAAAUCUAAGGCAUUUUUGGUCUCCUUUUUAAAACAAAAAAAUAAUUAUUAACACACUUUGGAUUGGAUAAGAAAGAAAGAAGAACUUGAAUCACUUUUCCUCCACAAUCAGGAGUUAUGCUACAGAGAAGACUGUUGUGGUUAUCCAUCUUGCUAUCUUGCUGUUUUUCACUUCACGCUCAAGAUGAAGAGGAAAAAGAAGAUGAAACAACAUUUGAUCUAAUCGGAAUCAGCAAUAUAAACAGAAAGACAGUAGGAGCCAAAAUGUUCCGGGGGCCGGAUCAAGGUUCCCCCGCAUAUAGAUUCCUUCGAUUUGAUCAAAUACCUCCCGUUAAUGCUGAAAAGAUGAAGCAGAUUAUUGCGCUGAUGCAGCUAAAUGAAGGUUUCAUUCUCACAGCCACUUUCAGGCAAGAUAAACAAAACAGGGGAACCAUAAUUGCUAUGGAAGGUCCUGGCAUCUCCAACAGACUAUUUGAGCUUGUUUCAAAUGGGAGAGCCAAUACUCUGGACCUAAUUUAUUGGGUAGAGGGGUCCCAGAAUGUUAUAUCCUUGGAAGACGUGGACCUGGCAGACUCACAGUGGAAAAAUAUUACUGUUCAGGUGACGGGUGAAAACUUCAAUCUCUACGUUGGCUGUGAUCUCAUUGACAGCUUCCGCCUGGAGGAGCCAUUCUUUGAACAUUUAAAUGCUGAUAACAACAACAAAAUGUAUUUGGCUAAGGGUUCAAUAAGAGAAAACCACUUUAGGGGACUGCUUCAAAAUGUUCACUUAAUUUUUGAUACUCCAAUCGAAGAUGUUCUAAAGAAGAAAGGCUGUCAGUUAAGCCACACAGGUGAUGUUAACAGCAUUAGUGAGAAAACUGAAAUUCUUCACCUCAACCCCAUUAGCACAGAGUAUGUAGGGCAGAAGACAGACCGACAAGUGGACUUCUGUGACCGAUCCUGUGAGGAAUUAGGAACCAUGUUUACGGAGUUGUCUGGCCUACGGAUUGUUGUUAACAACCUGCUUGAUAACCUACAAAAAGUGUCUGAAGAGAACCAAGUGUUGUGGGAACUGAUUGGGCCUAACAAGACCAUGAAGAACCAGUCCAUGUGUUGGCAAGAUGGACGCCUCUUUUCAGAUAACGAAGACUGGAUUGUGGACAGCUGCACAAAAUGUACCUGUCAGAAUUCCAAAACCGUGUGUCAUCAGAUCACAUGCCCAGCUGUGCAUUGCGAUAGCCCUUCUUUCAUUGAGGGAGAGUGUUGUCCAGUCUGCUUUCCCAUGGAUAGUGAAGCUGGUUGGUCUCCAUGGUCUGAGUGGACAGAAUGCUCAGUCACUUGUGGCUCUGGAACUCAGCAGCGUGGAAGAUCAUGUGAUGCCACCAGUAGCACAUGCGCAGGUUCAUCAAUCCAAACCAGGACAUGUAACCUUGGCAAAUGUGACCUCAGAAUACGUCAGGACGGAGGAUGGAGUCAUUGGUCUCCCUGGUCUGCUUGUUCUGUAACAUGCGGUAUUGGUAACAUUACUCGCAUUCGCUUGUGCAACUCUCCUAAACCACAACUAGGAGGAAAGAACUGCACAGGAGCUGGACGUGAAACCAAACAAUGUGAAGGAGUGCCAUGUCCAAUUAAUGGUCAAUGGGGUCCUUGGUCUCCGUGGUCCAGUUGUAGUGUCACCUGUGGAGGAGGAUUACGAGAUAGGUCUCGACUUUGUAAUAACCCAAAACCACAGCAUGGUGGGAAGAAGUGUACAGGAGAUACCAAAGAGAAGGAUAUAUGCAAUAAGCAAGACUGCCCUAUUGAUGGAUGUCUGUCCAAUCCUUGUUUCCAUGGAGCAGAGUGUAAUAGCUACCCUGAUGGGUCUUGGUCAUGUGGUGCAUGUCCUGCAGGCUACAUUGGUAAUGGAACAUUUUGUGAGGAUCUGGAUGAGUGUGCAUUGGUAACCGAUGCCUGCUUCAAAAUCGGUGGAGUUCAUCGCUGCGUAAAUACAGAUCCUGGCUUCCACUGUCUUCCAUGUCCACCACGGUACAAGGGUAACCAGCCUUUUGGUGUCGGGCUAGAAGUAGCCAAGCAGAAAAAGCAAGAAUGUGAACCUGUAAACCCAUGCAAAGACAAAACUCACAACUGCCACAAAUAUGCAGAGUGUAUCUACAUUGGCCACUUCAGUGACCCAUCUUACAAGUGCGAAUGUCGAACAGGUUAUGCCGGGGACGGUAUUAUCUGUGGAGAAGACUCAGAUUUAGAUGGAUGGCCAAAUAGCGAUUUAGUCUGUGCUACUAAUGCUACAUAUCACUGCAGUAAGGAUAAUUGUCCCCUUCUGCCAAACUCAGGACAAGAAGACUUUGACAAGGAUGGCAUGGGUGAUGCUUGUGAUAAAGAUGAUGACAACGAUGGAGUGGAUGAUGAAAAGGAUAAUUGUGCCCUGUUGUACAACCCCCGUCAGUUUGACUACGACAAGGAUGAGGUUGGUGAUCGCUGUGACAAUUGUCCUUAUGUGCACAACCCUGCUCAGAUCGACACGGAUAACAAUGGAGAGGGUGAUGCUUGCUCAGUGGAUAUUGAUGGCGAUGAUGUCUUAAAUGAGCGGGAUAAUUGCCCAUAUGUGUACAAUACCGAUCAGACUGAUACAGAUAAGGAUGGAGUUGGUGAUCAGUGUGAUAACUGCCCAUUAAUGCACAAUCCAGAUCAGGCCGAUGUGGAUAAUGACCUUGUUGGAGAUCAGUGUGACAACAACCAAGAUAUUGAUGAUGAUGGACACCAGAACAAUUUAGAUAACUGUCCCUAUAUUCCCAAUGCUAAUCAGGCUGAUCAUGAUAAGGAUGGGAGAGGGGAUGCUUGUGAUUCAGAUGAUGACAACGAUGGUGUUCCUGAUGACAGAGACAACUGUAGACUGGUUCAUAACCCAGAUCAAAAGGAUUCCAAUGGGGAUGGCCGGGGAGAUGCCUGCAAGGAUGACUUUGAUAAUGACAGCGUACCUGACAUAAUUGAUGUCUGCCCAGAGAACAGUGAAAUUAGCGAGACUGAUUUUAGGAAAUUCCAGAUGGUUCCAUUAGAUCCAAAGGGAACAGCUCAAAUUGAUCCCAACUGGGUCAUUCGCCAUCAGGGCAAGGAGCUGGUACAGACUGCAAACUCAGAUCCUGGCAUUGCAGUGGGCUUUGAUGAAUUCAGUGCAGUUGACUUCAGUGGCACUUUUUACGUCAACACCGAUCGUGAUGAUGAUUACGCAGGAUUUGUGUUUGGCUAUCAAUCCAGCAGCAGAUUCUACGUUCUUAUGUGGAAACAGACCACCCAGACGUAUUGGGAAGACAAGCCUUCUAGAGCUUAUGGAUAUUCUGGUGUGUCUCUAAAAGUCGUCAACUCAACAACAGGCACUGGGGAACACUUGAGAAACGCUCUUUGGCACACUGGAAACACACAGGGAGAGGUAAGAACCUUGUGGCAUGACCCCAAAAACAUUGGCUGGAAGGACUACACAGCUUACAGAUGGCAUCUAACCCACAGGCCUAGGACUGGCUUUAUUAGGGUAGUUGUGUAUGAAGGAAAACAGAUAAUGGCAGACUCUGGGCCACUAUACGACAAGACAUAUGCAGGUGGAAGGCUGGGACUCUUUGUGUUUUCUCAAGAAAUGGUUUUCUUUUCUGAUCUUAAAUAUGAAUGUAAAGAUUUCUAAGAUUCACGGUGAACUGAGCAUGCUGUGCGACCAAGACACCUCAGCUCACCCCAAUACACCUCCAAAUGUAAUUUAGUUUACCUCUGGGCAACAGGGAUGGGCUAUUGUUUAAGAACAUUUUGAACACAAAAAGAAGAGGAACAAAGGGUGAACAUCAGACUCAUGAGAGAAGAGGAACAAAAAUGACAUCUUAUACAUUUCUUAUGUUGACAAACCAGCAACAUAGAGAUGGGUGAAUUUUUGAGACUUUCUCUGAUGAUAUUUUAGUAAUAACAGAUAAAUUAGACGUGAAUAUAAAAUGCAAUUUCUGGACAAGUUUUGUACAUGUUUUGACAUACUCUUGUAUUGCCUUCAUGUAACUAAUAUUCUCAAUUAUAUAAUUUUCUACAUUAUACACUUUAAAAUAUUGUACCUGAAGUUUGAAGAAUUUAUUUAAAUAAUACAUUUUAUUCCAGGAUGAUAUAAUUGAUAGUUUAAGAUUCUUAAGAUGCUGUUGUGUCACAUUACCCUUUUUUUUUACCAAAAACAUGACCUUCCCAUAAGUGUACUUAGUGCUUUUGAUACAAUGUGUGAUGUCUACUUUAAAAACAAGUACCUUAAUAAUGCUCCAAAAAUUAAAAAAAAUGAUGUCUUUACUAAAACAGUGACAUUUUCCCACAACCCUCAUAUUUUUAAGCAGCUUAGGUAUAACGCUUGCAAGUUUCAGGUGGACGCUAAUGGAACAUGCUUCAUGAUAUAUUUAAAUAACAAAUUAGGCUAGACCAGAGGAGACUCAUAGCACAGGCGGAUCUAGUAAUUUUUCAAUGCUACAAGGGCUUAUUUAAAGAGAUUAUUAACCCCAGCACUCAACACCAGAUUGCCUUUAUGUGGUCUGAGCACAUGCAUGCAAAGCCUGUUUUUCAAAAAUACCAUAGGAAGCCACUUUAGUCUAUAUUCUGUGUAUUGUUAUGCAUUGUUCAACCUAGUUUCCCAAUGUUCCAUCUAUACCUCACCUAUAAGGUGUAUUUUUGUAUUAUUAUUUUUGUUGGUGUGUGGCUGAGCCUGAAAUGUUUUCCGAUUAUGGCUAGAUGUACUAUAUAAUAAAUCCCUCAGCAAAUCUGUUUAUCACGUGCACAGAAGAACUUUACUACGACUUCCAUUAUAUUGUAGCUUAAACACAGUGUUAAGCACUGCACACCAAAAUAAAAUGUUGGUGUCAAGUGAUUACAUUUUAACACAAUAGGUCAUAAUAAACACAUACCGGGAAAGAACAUAACCUAAUCUUUAUGGGCAGGAGCCUUCCUUCAAGAGGACAUGCCCAACCAAAUGUUCCACAGCUAUUGGUAGCAUCAUAGGCCAAAACUUGUGUACAGGGGAAUUUGAUUAUAGCCAACAAAACAGAGGAUACAAUGGCACUUUAUAACUUUAUAUUGUUUACCUGUGAUCUGCCAAGGAUCUUAGUUAAUUUAGGUGGAUCAUUCAUUUUUGUUGUGUACGUAACAAUGCAAAGAGUGUAAAUAGAUAACACCCCCAAGAGUUAGCUUGGCUUUUUAAGUGGUUCAGCUGUCUUCCUUUGUCUUUAGAAACUGCAAAAUCUAAACAAUUUAGCCUUAUAUAUAUAACAUGCAAAUGUAUACGCAAUGUGCUUUUUAACGGCUAACAUUACAUUGGUUUGUUAACAUUUAACUUGUAGCACCGUCACUCUAUCCCAGACAUUCUUUGACAUUAGCUCUGUAAGUGCCGUUGGUGUGAGAAGUAAUGGUAGUGCGAAGUGUGUAAAGUGGUUUGAUUUUAACCCCUUAAUGACAAAGCCCGUACAAAAAUGCAAAAUGUAUUUUCAAUGGGUUUAGGGACCGCCCAUUGUCCAUAAGGGGUUAAUAGUAAUCAAUCGAGUGGUCCAGUAUGCGGGAACAUUGAUUGCUAAGAUGAUAAGACCACUUUUCAGACCCUGCUUUGGAGUUAUUUUUUUAUACGUAACCUCCUAGUGUUUUUUCAGUCGUAUGGCACUUAGGCUUAAUCUGGUGAUUUUAUUUGGACACCUAGAAAUUUAUACCACAUUAAUGUAUUGCUUGGUCAUAGUCAUUUUUAUACUUACGGAAUGCUGGUGUAAAUAAGACUUUUUUGUUAAACAUUAUUGACAUAUACAAGAAGGAAUAAAAUAUUCAGUUAUACUUUACCAUUUUUAUAAUUUGUUUCCUCAUUACUAUGUUUAAUAUAAAAAAAGGUUUUUGGAUGUAUAGAAGGGAAUCAUAAUAUUGGUAACUAGUUCAGAAGAAAUCCUAUUAAUACUUCUUUAACUCUCCUACAUUUUGUUAUUUUAUCUGUUAGACUAAAUCUGGCUUUUACUGCAUUUUAUUUAACUGUUCUGUUAAAAAAAAGAAUUUUUUGUUUGAAUUUGGUUUUUGUAAUGCCCUUUUCCUAUUCAGCACAUUUCAUUAAAUGUAUGCAUUGUAAUUGAUGUGUAGUCUGAGGUUUUGUUCCACAAAUUUCAAAGUGGGACAAAUGAUGUUAAUAUUAACAUACUGUACUAUAUUUUUCCUGUGUAAAUUAUUUGUGAUGUUAUUUUUCUUUUCUUUUCUGCUUAUUUUUAAUUUUGUUGAACUCAGAAAAAAAAAGAAUUUUGUUUGCCAAAAAUUGUAAAUAAUUAUUUAUUUGUUUACGUGGACAAAGUUUUACAAAUGGACGUCCUUCAUUCAGCCAGGUACUACUACCUUUUUAUACUACUCAAAAAUAUUAGGAAAUAAACUAUAAACAAAGGA